GAGCUAACUUUAGCAUUCUUCAAAUUUUUUUAGCUACAACUUGUAUAGCUAGCUAGCUAUAAUUUCGUCUGCUAGUCUUCUCCUCAAUCGUAUUUUGGCAGUUUGUGCUAAAGCACUGUUAGCUAAAGAGCACAGAGAGAGAUGUGCAUAUUUUACAUGUACAUUUGCAUCUGCUGCUUAUGUGUUCAAAGUGUGGGUUUAACGCAAACGACAAGAUUAGAACAUAGACACAAUGAAUAAUUCCUUUCUUGACUUUUCUCCUAUUCCACAAUAUAUCAUAAAGAAACCACGAUAUGGUGUGUUGACAGAUGCACAGCUUUGGACUAUCAGUUUUAUAUUUCUUGUCACAUCUUUGUUAAGUUUGUUUGGUACAGGAUCCAUAAUUUACGUCGCCAUCAAAAAGAAAAAAGUUUGUUCUAGCGGAGUGCUACCGUUAUUUCACUUGUGUCUAGCUGAUUUUUUGGGUGGCUUUAUCCUCAUAAUUGGAACUUCUGAACAUUUCACUAAUUCAGUAAGAAAUCGAACAUUCUGCUUAGUGCUCACCAUGUUAGCCACGUCGUUUUAUAUGACGACGUUCGUAUUGACAGUCAACUACGCAUGGAAAGUGUAUCGACAAGUAAAAAUUCGAGCAGAUCCAAUACCGUUGUUGGAAACAUCUUCAUCUAUUGCGAAUGUAUCUCAUCCUUGGUAUCGUAUCUCAACACCAGCUUUGGUGUAUUUCUUGUGUUGGUUUGUACCAUUUGCAUUCUCCAUGUUUGUCAUGUUUUCUGACAGCGAGUAUGAUGAGAACAAGGAGUUCAUUCUCAAUGAUGAUAUCUGUUCAUGUUGUUUUCCACUGUUCGUUUACGAAAGCUCGAGUUGUCAGAGAUCCGAAAAUUUUGACCAUCAUUUCAAUUGGUAUUCCCAUUACAAAUUCGUGUUUCUUUUUCUUCUUCUUAUAUCGUCAAUACUUAUCACAAUUUUAUACGGUUUAAUCUUUGCGAUGUUCAAAGGUCUGUUAUUAACUGGAGGUGUUAUUGGUCCAUCACAAUAUAAACUUUUGUAUAGCGCACGAAGAAGAGCUGGUCUCUUCGCUGCUGUGUUUCAUUUUUCAUGGCUCUCAACGCUGAUACUUGGCUCAAUCUCCUUUAAAGCAAAGUUCAGCAUGACGGAAUACUAUCCGCUCUUUGUAAUACAGGCUUGCACGUCGCCUUUGCAAGGUUUCCUAAACUCGAUGAUAUACGGAUGGCAACGAAAAACAUUUCGAGUUGCGUUGAACGAAGAAACUCCUUUACUCGAUCCGGCGAGUGUUGCACCGGACUUCACCAGUGACGCCAAUGUGAAUUAAUUAAACAUGUUUACCUUUUUACUGCGUAGUCACUCAUACUACGAAUAAAAUUAUUAAAAGGGGAGAAAUCAUUUGCGAAAGAAAAGAUUGCGGAAUUGAAAUUUGCGAAUAAGACCUGCAGAAUUGUUGAAAAGUUCUCGGGUACAAGGUGAAUUCGCAAACAUUAAUUUCGGAUUCUUUUCAUUCCACUUUAGGCAAUAUACAUUCUGGUGUGAAGAUAAAUAAUUAUGAAUUUUCAAAAAACAGACCUUCCGAGUGUAUUCUCUCCGAGGGAGGGUCUUGUAAUAGAGGUAUCAGGCUUUUAUUAGGAGAGCUAACCGGGCAGGGGCGAGUGUUGGGGUAAUGUUCAAUUUAUUGAUUAUUUAUUUUGAAUAUUUGUGGGUCCUGUGUUUUGAAUGUAUACAUUAGGUAAACACUUAGGUAAACAUGUUAGGGAUAACAUGGAAUGGGUUGACCCAUAGCUGUGGAUCUUGUGAUUACAAAGCGAACUCCAUAACCACAAGGCCACGCGCCAUUAAGUCGUUACAAAGUAAUUAAUUGUUGUAACGCUUUUGUUAGUAUUACAUAUUCUUAACAUUUGUAUCAUUUUUCGAUUGGAUAUCCUAAACUGAAAUGUAAAAGCAAAUAUUGCAUGUAUUUUUUAAUUGUAAAAUGUAAAAAUUGGCAGAAAUUUGUUUUUCUUUCAAAGUUUGAUGAUUCCUAAAAAUCAAUUAAACUCUUCAAAUGCAAGGUAAAAAUAACUGUUGAAUUGAAAAAUAUCUGUUCUCAAUAAACCUUAAGCAUUAAACAUAGAGGUUUACAGACUCCGUACUAAAUUAUCAGUUUUCUGCCUUCAGUUUCUAUCUUUUUCACAAUUCAUCUUUAUAUCAUUGGCAUGCACCUGAAAAGUUAAUAACAAAAUGCCUUUCACUGGCCUAAUACUACUGAUAGAAUAUAUCUAAAAUCUCCUUUAUUGCCCUAAAAAUUGCUUGCCUAAAAUCGCUUAAAUAACCUAAAUUUGUGCCCAAAAUAUUGAUCCCUCCUAGAUUUAUUUUUUGUGACAUCAUUUUUUUAGAUAUGUUUAUCUUGCACAAGUACUGAACAUAUUGUCAUAGGUACUGCAAAGCUUCUCUGGUAUUCAAAAAAAGAGAGGAACACUGACAAAAGAUGCAUUGCUUGCAGUAAACUCUCCAUUUUAAAGUCCUCAAAAGAACUGAGAAUGAAAAUAUAACUCCAAAUGUUUAUUAUUAUUCUUUCUUUUUCUGAUAUAAUUUAUUAACACAAAAUCCAUGCUUCUCCACUUCACAAGAACGUGACAAAAGAGACUCAAUUCCAACUUUGAAAUGAAUGUUAUUAAAACAACAAAUCUC